GCAUUUUUUUGCAGAGAGAAAAUCAGAUGGGAAUUAUAAUUGAUUUUAAAAAUAAUUCUUUAUUUCUAAACUUAAUUUCACAGACGUCCGGUUUCCGUUAAAAUAUGAUACACUUCUAUUUGUUUAUUUAUUGAAAGAGCUCCGUAAAUACCUUCGCACAAUAAGAAAAAUCGCCGUAGGCAGCUUCUUAUUGAAGGAACUUGGACAUUAUCUCUGCAUAAAUAGGAAAACGAUAGUUUCGCAAGUUUAAUUAAAAUGGAUAGGUAUGUUAUUGUGUCGAAACUUCCAUAGAGGCGACAAGAAGCGCUGCACAACUUUUCUAAAAUUGUUUAAAUCAAAUUUAGCGAGUUGUGAGUUUACUGCGAAGAUACGAACCGUCACCGAAACAAUAUCAAUUACGUACAUUCAAUACAUUUGAAACUUGAUAAAAAAAGAACUAGAUCAAACAUGCAAGUGUGUCUUACAUUUUUCAGAAUUUCUCUACAAUUAGGAACUUCCUCGAGACUUCAAUCUCCUCUGCGGAGAAAGUAAGCAGCUUUAAAAUGCUCAAAAGGCAUUGAAUCACUUGAUUGAAAAUAAUACAAAGUCUUAUUAGUUAUAAAAAAUAGAACAGAACGAAAUAAAUAAAAUUAUUGCAAAAAAAAAAUUAUUUUAAUUUGAAAAAUAUAAUGAAGAGACAAAUUAAAGUCGACUUAUGCUAAUUCCUUGCAUGACUGAAAAUUAGAGAGUGAAACUGAAGCGCUCAAUUAAACGUAAAUUGUAAUGUUCUAAAAUUUUUUACAUCACAACGUAAAAAAUAUAUUCCAUUUCAUGUUUGAUUUUGUACCAUGCGAUAUGAUAAUUCAAAUAAUUUUUUCAAGAUUCGAAUUAUAUAAUAAUAAUUUAGGGUUUAUGGAAUUUUGUAACUUUGACAUGCUAUAUCUCUGAACAGAAAGUAUAUUUUUUAACUCAUAAAAUAUGAAAUCAGUACCUGAGUGUUUGAUAAAGAUAAACGAGACCUAAAUCAAAAAUAUUUUAUUCUCAAGUAAUUACAAUUUUUUCUUAAUGCACAAAAUUGCAAAAAAUGAAUACUCGGGUCCCGUCAGACCCAUGUGGAGAUUUGGUGUUAAUUUUACUUGAUAAUAGUAUUACGUGUUAUAAGAUAUUUAUUUUUAAAGAAGUAUAUAGCUUUCGUACAUAUAACACUUAAAUACAUAUAAAUUUUAAAAAGAUUCCGAUUAUCGUACUUCUAUUAUUAAUCGGAUUCUAUUACUUAUGCUUACGAUACUAUUUUGUUUUAUUAUAUAACUCAUACAUACGUACUUAUAAUAAUUAAUGUAACCAGGGCUAAAGCUUGCUUCGAUUAACACAUUAUUGACUAAAAAUUCAAAAAUACUACAGUCCUAUCUUAUAAUAAAUAUGUAACUGAAUCGAUAAUGAUUUAAAUGAGGAGGAAAUAUAAUCUUGAAUUUGAAUUUAUAUAUUACGUUGUAUUUAUAACGUAUACUAGUCAGCGUUCAGUCCCAUUUACUCUCGCAAGACGCUGUCAACACACUUCACAUAAUAUUGUUCAUAUAUUGUACGUGUAAAUGUAUAAUUAAUUAUACGCUACGCAAAAAUGAGACAUUUUCUACUUGUUAUCUCAAUUUUAUCGAUGGCAACUAUAAGUUUCGGCAAAUUGUAUCUUGAGCAUCAAUGGAAAUAUGUUGAACUUUUUUGGGAAAGUCCGCAGCAGAAAUAUGAAGCGAUAAUGUCCGGCAGAUACAAUGCUAGCGCAGCUUUUUUUUACGACGUAGACAAGGGACUUGAUGGUAGAGUAUUUCUUACGGCGGGGAGUGACAAGACUGUGGUACCAGCUAGUAUAUUGACAGUAAGCGAGAAACAGGGAGAGACUGGUCCACUUCUGCGUCCGUAUCCCGAUUGGUCUUGGUAUAAAGAUGGUUGUAAUGGUAUUACAGGUGCUGUUUACAAUAUAGAAAUUAAAUGCAAUCAUAUGUUCCUUGUGGAUAAUGGCCAAAUUAGAAAGAAUCAAGUAUGUUCACCGCAACUAUUGAUCUUCGAUUUAUACACUGACAAAUUGGUUAAACGUGUUCCUAUCCCGAUUGAAAUUGCGCAUCACAAAAAUACUACUGGAGUGUUAAGUUCAGUUGCUGUUUUUACCCCAUUUUGCAGAAAUGUGAAGGAUGAUGCAGUUGUAUUCAUGGCAGACUCGAAAGGUUCUGGUUUAGUGGUAUAUAAUGGACGUACUUCUAAGAUGUGCAGAGUCGAAUCUGAUUCGAUGAAAAUUCCGCCUGAUCCUAAUUUCGUAAUAGAAAACAAGACUUAUCAUUUUUCGGAUACUGUCCACGGUAUGACAAUUAUUGGUAAAGAUUUAUACUAUGCUACUUUCAUGGGACGGCAAAUAUAUAAAGUAGAAUUUCAGAAGUUAAUAGACUGUUCACCACAAGAUAUUAAUGAAGCUAAUAGACAAACUCAAUCGAUUGCGUUAGAAGGUCCGACAACAAUGUUGGCGUCUCACAGAUGUUCGUUAUUUUUUAGCGAUGUAACAAAAAGGUCUAUUAUGUGUGCGAACGUUACGAAGAAUUUUAACUCCAUAAAUAAGGAACUUGUUGCACAUGAUCCAAAAAUGGAAUUUUCGGCUGGGUUGAAGGUCAGAAAUGGUGAAUUAUUGAUUUUAUCAAACAGAUUUCCUUUAACUUCAAAUAAUAACUUAAAUAGAAACGAGAUAAACUUUCGUUAUUUCUCAAUUCCUAUUACGGAUAUAGAAAAUAACACAAAUUGCUUUUCUUUCUGCAAUUAAGGCGUCAUCAUAUUUGACUUUUUGUUAUACAUUUUAACAUACAUUGCAAUAUAUGUAAUAAAAGAAAAUUUUAAGGUAUGUAUGUGUAGUUUUGUAGUAUGUUGCAAGAAAUUAGUUUGCAUAUCUGUAGAUCUGUAGAUUUUAAAUACAUUUCAAAUCUGGUUUAGGAUAAUUUUAAUUUGAAAAUAAAUAAAUUUUCUUAAGAUUUGUCAGCAAACACAAUAUGUAAUAUAAUUGUUAAGAUAAAUAGAAAUAAGUAUGUUAUAAAUAUUGAGUGUUUUAUAGUAAUUAAAUAAAAUAAUUGAGCAUAGAAGCUUAUAGUUUAGAUGCAAGGACGAAUCUUAUAAAGAUGACUCCGCAUCCGAUUUAGCUUAAUAUUAUAUUAAUUUUAUUAUUAACAAUCAUAAUCCUAUAAUAUUUAAAUUCUCCAUAGUAUCUUAACAUGAAGAACUAAAAAUGAGAAAAUUAAAAUGAAAUAAGAAAUGGUAAAAUGUUAAUUUAUAUGUAUAGUUAUAAAUCUCAUUAUGCAAAAUAUAGUCUACGUCGGCAAAUAAAAAUUGUGAACGUUAA